GUAAAUUUUCCCAUCAAACAAACAGACAAAGGCCGAGCUGAAAACCCAUUCUCAAACAACAGGCGAUCCGCGACAAAAGCUCGUUCUCUGCUUCUUUCUUUUUCUUCUUUAAACAAAUUGGGUGCGGGGUCUCUCUGUGCAAUUUCUAUACGCGUCUCGCUUACAAAUACCCAUUCCUCUACCUUUUGACACCUCUCCUUCGGUUCUGCCUAUUGCGCCCCUUCAUUUCAUAUACUGUCGAUUCCGUGUUCCCUUUCCGUAGCUUAAUUGGGAAAGCCCUCUUCUGAAUCGAAGUUUCUAGGUUCCCCACCUGUUUUCCUCUUCUGGGUCUUCUUGGGUUGCUCUGUGCCUUGAUGGGUGCCAACUUCUCAUCGAUUUUCAUGGAUCCGGCGACGACUUGCUCUCUGUUCGGCGCCUUUUCCCCUCCAAUCCAACAGCCGCCGCGGAGGCCGACCCUGGGCGACUUGCCGGAGAGCUGUGUGGCGCCGAUUCUCGCUAAUUUGGAUCCCGUCGAGAUUUGCAAACUGGCGACGCUCAACAGGGCGUGUCGCGGCGCGUCUUGGGCUGAUUUCGUGUGGGAGUCCAAGUUGCCGGAGAAUUAUCGGGACCUUAUGGAGAGAGUGUUGGGCGUUGGCAACGCCGAUGGGAAGAGGAUUAGCAAGAGAGAGAUUUACACCAGACUUUGCGCCGCCAAUACAAUCGAUGAUGGCUCCAAGAAAGUCUGGCUAGACAAAACCACUGGUGGCGUCUGUCUAUCCCUCGCUUCCAAGGGCUUGAUGAUAACCGGCAUCGAUGAUCGCCGAUACUGGAACCAUAUUCCAACUGAGGAGUCAAGAUUCUCCUCUGUUGCAUAUCUUCAGCAGAUAUGGUGGUUCGAGGUCAGUGGAGAGUUCGAGUUCCCAUUCCCAGCAGGUACCUACAGUCUGUUUUUCAGGCUACAGCUGGGUCGAACUGCUAAGAGGUUCGGUCGGAGGAUCUGCAACACCGAGCAUGUCCACGGUUGGGAUAAAAAACCGGUUCGGUUUGAACUGUGGACUUCGGAUGGUCAAUAUGCAUCUUCACAGCGGUUUUUGAAUGAUACUGGGAAGUGGAACCUGUACCAUGCUGGUGAUUUCGUUGUCCACAAAGAUAAUGAUGCGUCAAUGAAGAAGCUGAAGUUCUCAAUGACACAGAUCGAUUGCACACACACAAAGGGUGGUCUGUGUUUGGACACUGUACUUGUAUUCCCAUGUAAAUUUAGAGAAAGGUUGAAGCAUUUUUGAGGCGCAUUCAUACCUUUUGAUGAUAGUAGCAGCGAGAGAAGAUAGUUUUAGGAGAAGAAAUAGCUCAUCAUCCCGUGUCAUAUAUGUGUUCAAGUAGAGCAAUGUGUAUAGUCCGGUUUUGUAUUGUUUGUCAGUUGGUCAGUCGAAUACAAUGUAAUUCUUUCAGUUCAUUUUGAUUACUGGAGAAA